AUGUCCGAUCGUGAGGCCGUCCAGGUCUUGAAAGCCAGUCGUAAAGGCUUCAAGGCAGCUCUUUCACGGGCUAGGAAUGUGGCCGAAUCUGCGUUUGAGGAUUACGUAGAAGGUGAACGUCCAACGUUGUUGGAAAGAUUUGUUAAUCAUUGGGACGAUCGAUUACAAAAAUACUUACAAGCCGAAGAUCAGGUCGUAUGCCAUCUAUCAUCUGAUUCCAAAGAUGCAGAUCCAGCUGUAGAGGAACACCUCGAGGCUCUUUUCAAAGCCCAAUCCAAAUUGAUCGGUUUUCAACGUGAUGUCGAAGCUUCACUGCUCCGAGCAGCGGGUGAGCAUCGACCUCAUCCCUCUCGUGAGUCUGGGCAGACCUUAUCUCUUCCUCGAUUAGAUGCGAAGAAACCUCCGUUACUACAAGAAGACACAGAUCAUAAAGUGUUCACACGGUGGCGUCCUUUAUGGGAUAAUUACUCGCUCCUUAUUUAUCUAGAUCAAAGGGACCAACUUACCCAGGUUGGACUCUUCUGGGAAUGUUGUUCUUCGGGAUUUUUAAGUAUCAUCCAACAUUCACUUGGGAUCAAAACCAAUACCGGUCGUACGGUGGUCGAGAUUUUGGACCUAAUUGAGGAGCACCUUUGCAGUCUCCGAAAUAUUCACCUCGAUAUGCGAGACCUUUUGGCUGUGAGACAGAAGGAGGGUCAGGAUUAUUUAUCUUUCUGUAACUCCCUUCGAGAGUUGGCAGAUUAUGCUGACGCAGCCAAGAUCACCGAGGAUCGUCUUCUCAUUGCACUCUUGUUACAGGGGAUGAAGAAUGACUCCGAUAAAGCCAAGGUUAUGGAACGCAAUCCCUCAACAUUCAAUGAAGCCCGCAAGUGUAUACUUGAACUUGAGACUGCUAGACGGGGUGCACGCGAUUUCAGUCACCAGUCUUCAUCUUUAACCGUGGGAGUUCUUGAUCAAGUUGUCCAUGUGACCAAGUCUAAAUACAAGAAGAAUGGGGGCAAAUCGGGUAAGAUGAUUUUUAACAAGACUUUACCAUCCGAGCAGUGCCCGCUGUGUGGUCUUUCUAAGACCCAUUCUCGUGAGGAUUGUCCGGCAUUGAAAUCGUCUUGCCAUGCGUGUGGUCGUACUGGGCAUUGGCAACCCGUCUGCCGUCAAAAGAGUCCUUCAAGGAGAGAGGAGAAACGUGCGGGUGGGGUACACCUCCGAGUGGCUUCGUCUUCCACUCGUGAGCGCGAGAACCGCAUCAACGUUAUGGUCUCACCCCACAAAUCGUCCAAGUCGGUCAGCCUUCAAUUCUGCGCUGAUACGGGAGCUGACGUCAUUAUCAUUGGUAUGAAUCAAUUUCGGGAUUCCGAUAUUUGUCAACUAACCACUCUAGAUCAACGUUCGUCAAACUCCGUCAUUUCUGGUGUUGAUGGUCGAUCUCUUAGCUUGGUCGGUUCGUUCCGAGCUAAUUUGUCUCUAGAUGAGGAUCAUAAGGCCCAUGACGUAACAAUAGUCGUCAGCUAUGAUGUUGACGACUCGUAUCUGAGUUUAGAUGCUUGUCGAGCCCUGGGUAUUGUUGGACCCAAUUUUCCACAACCAAUGAUUUCUGUAAUUGAAAGAGAGGUCGUAAGAAUCCCUGAUCCGACUGUUUGGUCGUUGAAAGAGCGAGAAGAAUGGAUUACUUCCUUACCUUCUUUGCCUUCUAGGGAAGACUUCAUGAACGUUGAAUCCAAACUUAAGUCCAUUUACAGUACGGCAUUUGACGAUUCAAGUUUGAAACCCAUGCGCGGUCCAAUCGUGGGUGAUCCUAUGGUGAUCACCUUAAAGGAAGGAGCAAGAUCGUUUGCCAUUAAUACCGCGCAUCAGAUCCCUAUACCUCAAUUGGACCCCGUCAAAUCCAGUUUGGAUAAGAUGGUUGAUAGUCGGAUAAUAGAACCCGUGGGUGAUAUUCCCACACCUUGGUGCCAUCCCUUGGUUGUCGUACCGAAACCGGAUGGAUCUCUCCGUCUGUGUGUCGACUUAACGAGGUUGAAUACUGAAGUCGUUCGUUCUAUUCAUCCCAUCAAGACUCCGUCCGAGGCCAUUUGUGGGUUCAAACCCCGUGAUAAGUAUUUCAUCAAGUUGGAUCUGGUCAAAGGCUACUGGCAAAUGCCGCUGGCCAAAGAGUCGCAAGAAUUGACCACUUUCAUUACUCCUUUUGGGAAAUACCGUUUUCUCCGUUCACCCAUGGGAUUUAUUUCAACCGGUGAUUCCUUCUCUUAUAGAGGCGAUGUCGCAAUGUCUGGCCUUGGCAUUCAAAAGGUUAUUGACGAUAUGGCUGUGGGAAAGGAAUUGUAUCCUGAUCUGGUUCGCGUUACCUGUGAGAUUCUGGAACGUUGUGUCCGUUUCGGCAUGACUGUCAAUGCCAAGAAGAGCGUUAUUGGCGGGGCCGAAGAGAUCGAUUUUGUCGGAUAUCGUAUAUCUCGCGAUAGUAUUAAGGCCGAUCCCGAGAAAGUUGCAGCCAUCUCGAGAUUCCCCUGCCCAGAGGAUCGCCAAGACCUGAGAUCGUUCAUGGGUCUUGUUAACCAGUUGGGUCAAUUUUCGAGCGAGAUCGCUCACAAUGCUGAGCCCCUCAGAGAUUUGCUAAAAAUAAAGAAUGUGUUUUCAUGGUGUCCCGAACACAUGAACGCGUUUGAGAAGGUAAAAUCGGCUCUUACCUCUCCUCCUAUUUUGGGAAUGUUCCAACUUGGGGCCGAAACCAUCCUUCAGACAGACGCAUCGAAAUUGAAAGGUCUGGGUUUUGCGCUUAUGCAGCUCCAUGAGGAGUGGAAGUGCGGCAAGCAACAUUAUAUUCCCGACGCCUUAUCUCGUUAUCCCAUUUCGGACCCCAACGCGGAUGAAGAUCUCGAUCCAAUUGCCUCGAAUCUCCAAGUAGCGGGGAUCAGGGCUUAAGAGACGGACCUUGUUCUGGAUAAUCUUUCGGCCCACGCGCGAUCAUCUUCGGAGUACCAGGCGUUGAAGUCAUUGGUCGAGAGUAACUUCAAACCCAAGGUCAAAACUGGAUAUCUCUCUCUUUUCAAAAAGAUCGUGGAUGAAUUGUCUGUGGAAGGUGAUCUAGUAUUACGAGGCUCACGUAUUGUUGUCCCGCCUUCUGCAAUUGGAGAGGUUUUAUCCUUAUUACAUGCUAGUCACCAAGGGAUAGAGAGAACGAAGAGACAAGCCAGACAAAUCGUGUACUGGCCUGGAUUUUCAUCCGCUAUUAUGAAUAUGGUCGAAAAUUGUCGUGAAUGUGCCUACUUCAGACCAUCAAACCCGGCAGAACCCAUGAUGUCCAAUGAUCGUCCUUCUCGUCCUUUCGAAAUGGUUUCUGCUGACUUUUUUACUUAUGGGGGGAAAGACUAUCUCGUCUAUUCAGAUCGUUUUUCUGGGUUUCCUCUCGUGGCCAGAUUUAGUUCAUCCCCCUGCGCUUCGUCCUUGAUCCAAGAACUUCAAGAUUUUUUCACGACGAUGGGCAUGCCCAACGUUUUCCGGUCCGAUAAUGGUACUCCCUUCGCUUCAUCAUUAACUCAAGAUUUUUUCAGCCAUUGGGGUGUGGAAUGGAGACCCUCCUCGCCCCAUAACCCCCAGUUGAAUGGCCAUGCCGAAUCCAAUGUGAAAAGCAUCAAAUACCUCCUAGCCAAGUCCGGAGGGGAAUGGGGAUCCAGUGCUUUCAUGUCCAGUCUUUUGGAAUUGCGGAACACACCACGCUCAGACGGACUCUCACCAGCCCAACGUUUAUUCGGUCGUCCUCUCAGGUCUAAGUUGCCAAUUCAUUGGAAAGCGUUUAUGCCUGAGUUUCAGAUCACGUCGGAUGAGACCGAUACCAAACGAUUCCGGGAUGACGCACUUCGAAAAGCAUAUUAUGAUUGGAGUACACGUGCCAGGAAGAAGAUUCCAUUGGGUCAGCGCGUCCUCAUCCAAGAUCCGAUCACACGACGGUGGGAAAGAGAAGGAGUGGUGGUCGACAACAAGACGCCAAGACGGUACAUGCUUCGAUUGCCAUCAGGCAGAGUUGGUGAGAAACCAGAGAUUUCUCCGUCGUGGACUCGUUCAUGACCUCAUCGAUGAUGAAGAGCCAGCUGAAGAGCCUGACGCACUUCCUUCAAGACCAAUUCGUGAUCGACGUCAGAUUGUUCGCUUUCAAGCAUGAUAGUUUUUAUAUUUCGUUCACUAUGUUUUUCCAUUCCAUUCAUACACAAAAAAGGGAGUUAGUAUGUUGUGAUGUUGUCAUGCGAGUUAUGAUUGACGUUUACUUCCGAGCAUGUCUAGUCGAGAAAUACACUUCCAUCAGAACCUUUA